AUGCCGAAAGCCCUGCACUUCAAGGGCGACAAGAAGGUCAAAAAGAAGAAGAGAACUGCCGAACCCUACGACGCCGACGACGCGCCUUCGAAAGCGCUCACCACCCCGGCAGCGGCAGAAGGCACCGAAGAUGACGACUCUUGGGUGAGCGCCGAAGUGCCCAGCGAUAUAUCAGGACCCGUUGUCAUUGUUCUACCAACAGAGACGCCGAGCUGUCUGGCAUGCGACGCCAAUGGCAAGGUCUUUGCGAGCGCGCUGGAGAACAUGGUCGACGGCGACCUGGGCACCGCGGAACCGCACGACGUGAGGCAGGUGUUUGUCGCAAACCGCGUUGCGGGCACCGAAGGCCUGAGUUUGAAGGGACACCAUGGACGAUACCUAAGCUGCAACAAAUAUGGCAUCCUCAGCGCGAACGCGACCGCCAUGUCUCCCGAAGAAUCCUUCAUCGUCAUCCCCGUACCGGACAACCCAUCUGCCUUCUCUCUGCAGACCGCGCGCGACAAGUUCCUCAGCAUUGAUGAAUCUUCCGCGAGUACUGCCGAAGUCCGGGGUGAUGUUGAAACCAUAACCUUCAACACCACGUUCCGCAUACGCAUGCAAGCACGUUUCAAGCCCCGCCUCAAGGCCUCGAAGGAGGAAAAGGCUCAGGCAAAGAUUAGCAAGAAGGAGCUGGAGGACAUCAUCGGUCGCAGACUCAAUGACGACGAGGUGCGCCGCCUGAAGAAAUCGCGAAGAGAAGGCAACUUCCACGAGACAGCCCUCGACAUGAAAGUCAAAUCGUCCCACGACAAGUACGCGUCAAUGUGA